AUGUCUUGGCAAGCCUCGCCCACUAUACUAACCAACUGGCCCUCCAGCCUCGUCGGCACCGGCCACGUCGACCGAGCGGCCAUCUUCAACGCCGAAGGUACCUCCGUGUGGGCCACGUCGCCGAACUUCCAAGUCACGCCCGCGGAACUGCAAGAGAUUGUCGGCGCGUACAAGGACACCAGCUCGCCGAAAAAGGUCCAGUCCACAGGCCUCCACAUCGCAGGCCAGAAGUACAUUGUGAUCAAGGCCGACGACACGAGUCUAUACGGCAAGAAGGGCCGAGAAGGCGUCGUGAUCGUCAAGACGAAACAAGCCCUCCUGAUCACACACUACCCGGAGACCGUCCAGCCCGGCACGGCAGCCAACACCGUCGAGAAACUAGGCGCCUACCUCGUCGGAGUGGGAUACUAG